ACUCUUCGACAUAAACAAGCUAAGAGCAGGUGUCAAAUGGAUAAAAAAUAUAAAUAUCCGCUGUAUUUUGUGGCUGACGACCUCGAGGAUCAAGCGAGACACAAAAUAAGAAGGUACUUUAUGAAAAGACGGGACUCAGGAGGAGGCGACUGUGGAGUGAUAGAAAAAGUCGGUGAGAAACUUUACAAAAUCAGUUUCGAACAACAAGAAGAUCAAGAAAGGGUUUUGAACAGAAAAACUCACACAGCUUCACUUCCGUCUGGACAGUUACAUCUUAAUGUGACCAGGACUGAGGCAGAAGCUAUAAGUUUGCAGACAACAUCAGUGCAAGCACCACCAAAGCCUUCAAAUGCAUCAAAUUACCUGGAGAGGACUUUUUCAUGGGAUAUUUUCCUUUUAUGCUAUUUACGCGACUGUAGCAAAGCUUUUAAAAUCUUGGAGAAGCAGUUAACUUGCAUUGGCUGCACUGUCGAGCUUAACUUUGAUCAGGAAGUUGUUGUGGUGAAAGCAGAUGCAAAGAAUGGACUUGGUGGUGCGUUCAGUGGCGUACCAGAAAAAUGGGAAAUCCAAGUUGACCGCGUUUUGAGUAGUUUUCGAGAGAGCUUCACUUGCCAUCAUGUGGUUGAUCCCAAGAAAAUUCAAACUAUUUUGCAAGAUAAAACUUUCACAGAUGAUGAUGUGAAAAUGUAUAAUGAAUUGGGAUAUCUGGUUGCGGUUGGAGAAAAAAGCUUGGUUGAGGAAAAAAUACUAAAUUUAAACAGAAAUUUUCCGACUAAAACAGAGUUGUCAAUAGAUGAAAAGCAGUAUAACUUGAUUGGAGAAGAAUUCACAAGAGAGAUGCGGACAAACUUGCCAAAUGUUAAAAUCGUAAAAAACAAUAAUGUUAUAGUCUUUGACGGUCUUCAUACUGAAGUGCAUUUAGGUUUGGAUGUAUAUGACAAAUUACUCAAAAAGAUCCAACUAAAGCAUGUACCAUUUUCAGCUGAACUGCAAAAUUUCUUCACCACCAGUGAUGCAAUUGCAAAGUACAAGGCACGAUUCCAGCAAUGUCUAAGAAUUCCAGUCUGCUUAGAAAUGUUGAAUUUAGAUUUAAUUUUGUCAAGUUUGUCAGUGGAAGCUGCUGAAGAAGCUGCAGCUAUUUUAGAAAGAGAUUUUUGUAUGGCUAUUGUGCAUUUGGAGGGAAACGCUGCAAAAUCACCAGAUUUGGAUAGAAUGAAUGAACUUUUAACAAAAAGUAAAGAUCAUGCAAAUAUCCAGGAACGUAGAAUUGAUGUUAAUUUAGUCCCUGAACCAAAUAGUACAAUCAAAGUCCAGCUUGUAGGCUACAGCGAAUGUGUAAACCAGUUAAAAGAGGAGUUACAUGACUAUCUACUGAAUCAUGUAACAGUACAAGACAAACUAGAUCUACUUAAUGCAGAAAUGGUUGAACUUUUUAGUAAAAUUUUGACUUUGUUUGCACGAAAGGAUAGUAGAGUGUCCUUGAACGCAUCACUAGUCCCCUAUCCUUGCGUGCUGCUUUCAGGGCCUCAGCAGUUAGUCCGAAAAACCAAAGUGGAACUUAACAGAGAACUUGAAAGUUUGAUUUCGGAAAAUUUAGUUAUAGAUGGACCAGGAGCAGUUGAGUACUUCAAUGCAGAAGGGAAACCAAGUAAAGAACUGAUUGAAAGGUUGAAUCAAGUUCUCAUACAAGAAAUUCAGGAAAUUAUAUAUUCUGUGCCAUGUCUACCAGCCACAAGCAAUGUUGAAGAAGUAUCCAGAAGGAGUAGUAUUGUUGACAGGCAGACCUCAAUCAACAACAUCAAUGUGGAAGUCAAGCUGGGAAAUUUGGUCAAUGAACAGGUGGAUGUGCUGGUGGCCCCAAUGCUGAAGAAGAGUCUACAGUCCACUAUGAUUGGUAAAAGUCUGGUGAGAAAAGGCGGUCUAGCGAUGAAGAUGAAGUUUAAAUCUGUGAGGAGUAAGUCCCUGAUGCCUGGAGGGGUGCUGGAGAUGAUGGCCCCUGCCUCUGUGGGCUGCUCCAAACUGUUUUUCAUCGAGUGCAUGCCCUGGGAUGGACUGGGAGGGCAGAGCAUGACGACCCUGAGCGUCGGUCUGCAGCGCUGCCUGGAGCUGUGUGAGGAGCAGAGGUACAGCUCAAUGGCCCUCCCCGUGAUAGGUCCUGGAAAAGUGCUCAAAUACCCACUCAGAGAUGCCAUCCUGCUGCUAACAGAGAAGCUCCAUCAGUUUGGAAGAACAGUUACAAUGUCCUCUUCUCUCAAAUCCAUACACAUUGUCAUUAAACCUGAUGGGGAACAGACUGAGGAGAUUUACCAUGAGGUCUACAGACAGCUCAUCCAGAACAUGAACCAGGGACAAGUGAGCUUUAGGUCUAUCAGCAGUGAACUUGUUGAUUUGUCCAUAACUGUGGGUGGUGUUCAGCUGCAGCUUGUUUUUGGAGAUAUCACAAAUGAGAGGACACAAGCUGUGGUCAACUCCACCAACUUUGAGAACUUAAACACUGGAGUGUGCAAAGAUAUAUUGGCUGUAGCAGGACCAGAAGUGGAAGCUGAACUAAAGUCAGCCACAGUAGAGAGAGGGGAAGUGUUUGUGACCCAGCCUGGCCGGUUCCCCUGCCAGGGCUUGAUGCAUGUGUCUGCAAAGGGGGACCGACAACUCAUCAGACAGUUAAUGGGCAGCAUUGUACAAUACUGUGAAGUGUACGGGUGGUCGUCUGUGGCUAUACCUGCUAUUGGAGCUGGAGCUAGUGGUCUGUCUGCUGGGGAUGUGGCCGUUGCAAUGCUUCAAGGGCUGAGUGACUCUUUGUCCUAUCCUCUGUCAAGUUUGGUCAAAGUCAGACUUGUUUUCAACAAAAUCAACAUCUUCUCAACUUUCAGAGAGGAAGCUUCCCAGAUGUUUUCAGCCGUUCGAAAAGUGGUCACUCCUCCAUCUUCCUAUCCUCCUGGUGAGCCUGCUCCCCCUCCCCCUCCUGCCAGCAUUACCACACCUAGAUCUCGGACAAGCUCAUCUGAUCAGAAAUCUGUUUUUAGAAUCAUCGGUCUAUCUCAAAACAACAUCUCCAAAGCUAUGACAACCAUGAAAGAAGUUUACCAAGCCCAAAGCUCCUCACAAACAUUCAAAAAACAAGAACUAGAAGCUUUAAUGCCUGCAGAUUUUGCAACAUUGAAGGAAGUAGUGGAGUCUUUGGGUCUAAAAGUACAAACCAGUGAAGGCGACUGGAUUGUGACUGGACUAACUGUCAAAGUGAACCAAGUAAUAAAUUUAGUUCAAAGUUUCAUGUAUGGGACGCUGACCAGAGAGAAGAGGACAAGGGAGGAGGAAGAAUUGUACAGAAAAGUGGCAUGGUGCAUUCAAGGAUCCAAUGGAGAGUGGGAAAGGCUGCCCAAAGCUGCAAAUUACGAGCUGGAGAAUCAAAACACAGAGGGAGGGGUAAAAGACGCUCAUGGGCUGGAGUGGGAUGUUGAUUUGACAAAUAUGGAGCUCACCAAAAAGUUUUCAAAUGAAAAAGCAGCACUGAAAAGACUAGAAAAUCUACCAGACUUCACCUUUCCUCUGUAUUGGGACGACAUGGCCUCUGAUGAAAAACUCAAAGUAGUCCCAUUGUUGGAAUCGUGUGCAGAGUACCAGAAAGUAAAGCAGCAAUUUAAACAGUCCUGCCCCAAAACUGUGAUCAAGAUUGAGCGAGUACAGAACAUUCACCUGCGCAGAUGUUAUGAGGUUCAGUUGAAGCACAUCUCAGAUAAAAACAAACGCAUUGGAGGAGCCAAAGAGAGACUACUGUAUCAUGGAACGACCAAUGAAUGCACCAAAGCUAUCAUGAACAAAGGGUUCGACUGGCGCUUUGCUGGACAAAAUGCCACUUAUUUUGGUCAAGGCAACUACUUCGCCCUUCAUGCCUCUUACUCUGCCCAUCCUACUUACUCUAAACCUACUAUGGAUGGGACCCAGCGCAUGUUUUUGGUUCGAGUCCUGACAGGUCUCCACACUUUGGGACAGAAGGACAUGAAACUACCCCCACCCCGAGACCUCCGAGCCUCCCAUGACCGAUUCGACAGUGUGGUAGACAACAUGCUCCAGCCCAAUAUGUUUGUAGUGUUCCAGGACCACCAGGCUUACCCAGACUACCUCAUCACCUUUAAAUGAUUGUACAGGGAAAAGGAGUGGGAAAAAUAUUGACACACUUAAUAUGACUGCUAUUUUGAUUAUUCUGAUGACCAUAUUUUUGCAGUCCAUGAAAAAUAUAGUAAUUUUUUCCUGUAAUGUAAAACUAUUACAUUAUAACAUUUGUAUUUUAUACUUAGUGUACUGUUCACUCACUCACUCAAAAUCUUUUACGUUAAAGUCGAUUACUGCCCUCUAGUGGGUGCUAACGUUUGUUACAGUUUUAAAAUUUUACAAAGAGUGUGGGGAAAAACAUCAGUAAAGUCUUCUCUGUAUGGUUGUGUAGACUCUCUUUUUUGUUUGUUAUCUGUUAGCCCUGGUAGACACUGUAGUGAAGACAGAAUACUCAAUAUAUUUUCAAUAUCUCCAAAACUUAGACAAACUAAUAAUACAUAAUAGUUAAAGGUGCAUCAUGUAAUUUUUCUUCUCCAUUCAGAUGUUAUUGCUUUUCCUGGAAUGUUCCACAGUGUGAGACGGUGUAAUCCCUCAUUUGUCCAAGAGUGGUUCAAUGUAGAGAAGGUUUCAAAUGUAAAAUUAUAUCUCUCUGUAU